GUGCGUGAGUCUGGACUGGAAGAUAACAGUGGAAACUGGGCAGGGUUUGCGUACACAUGAAAGCAGCCUCGAUGCGUGCGCAGUGUGCUUUCUCUUUUGAGAGAUGACAAGCCGUGCGAGGCUUUAACUGCGCUUAACUUCGCCCUGGUGUAACAUUCCUGGUUCCUGUGGGCGUUGCUGCGCGGAUACAGGCGGCGUUGCUCAACUUGGAAGUGUGUGGAUUUGUUGUGAGAGCUGAGAAGGAAUGCGCGGAUUAGGUGGCUUUUCUCCUCGGAACAGUGUCGUGACUUCGUCCAACCUGCGGUGUCCAUCAGCGUUGUCGGGUGUUAUCGUGUCUAAGCGUGCAAUCGACAGUAAACAUGCAGCAUGAUGUGUAGUUGCACCACUGCCUCUAACAGACUGUUUACCUGUGUUGAAACCGAACAAGGUUGCACGUCGUGCCUGUGCAGAGGCUCCAUGGGUAACCGCCGCGCGUAACGCUGGCUCUCCAUGGAGGACUGGUGGAGAAGCCGCUCAUCACAACCCACACUUUAAGACAGUGAGUGACACUUGAAAACAUGAUGAGUCAAGACCAGGACGGGAUAUCCUUACCGGUGCCUUGCUUCGGUGCUUGUCCUAGCAGAGAGAGCUUCGGCGGUGAAAGCUCGAGCAGCAGCGGUGGUGGAGUUGGCGGCGCCUCCGAAAUCCCCGCAGCUGGGACUUUCUGGCAUGACUCGGUGGUCGGCGGCGGGGGGCUCAGCCCGACAGCCGUGAGCUGUCCGAUGGACGGUGGGGGCUUGCUCUCCACCGGGAAGUCGUGCAAAAGCAGGCCGGUGACGGUGGCAUAUGUGGUGAACGGAGAAGCGAGCCAGCAGAAUAACGCCGAGAGCAUGGCCCUGCAGUGUCUGAAGGACGCCUGUGAAACGGUGGGAAGCAAGCUGGAGACGGUGAACUUUGGUAAACUGGACUUUGGGGAGACCACGGUGCUGGACAGCUUCUACAAUGCAGACAUAGCUGUUGUGGAGAUGACGGAUGCCUUCCGCCAGCCCUCGCUCUUCUACCACCUGGGAGUCAGAGAGAGCUUCAGCAUGGCCAACAACAUCAUCCUGUACUGCGACACUAACUCCGACUCCCUCCAGUCCCUGCAGGAGAUAAUUUGCCAGAAGAACACUACAUGCUCAGCCAACUACACCUUCAUCCCGUACAUGGUGACGCCCCACAACAAGGUGUACUGCUGUGAGAGCAGCCUGAUGAAGGGCCUGACCGAGCUGAUGCAGCCCAGCUUCGAGAUGCUGUUGGGGCCCAUCUGCAUGCCGCUGUUCGACCGCUUCAUCCAGCUGCUCAAAGUGUCGCAGGCAAACUCCCACCAGUAUUUCCGUGAGUCGAUUCUGAAUGAGAUCCGUAAGGCUCGGGAGUUGUACACUGGCAUGGAGCUUGCUGCCGAGCUGAGCCGCAUCCAACAGCGGCUGGACAAUGUGGAGUGCCUUUCAGUCGACAUCGUCAUCAACCUGUUGCUGACAUACAGGGACAUCCAGGAUUAUGAGUCCGUCGUGAAGCUGGUGGAGACUCUGGAGAAGCUUCCAACCUUUGACCCUGUGGCACAUCCACAUGUGAAGUUCCACUACGCCUUCGCACUGAAUCGGAGGAACCUGCCGGGCGACAGACAGAAGGCUUUGGACAUAAUGCUGCCCCUGGUAGAGGACGAGGAGCAGGUAGCCUCAGACAUCUACUGCCUGGUGGGACGGAUCUAUAAGGACAUGUUCCUGGAGUCUCACUUCACUAACACACAAAGCAGAGACAGCAGCACACACUGGUUUAAAAAGGGCUUUGAGUCAGAGCCAACACUACACUCUGGUAUCAACUAUGCUGUUCUACUUCUGGCAGCCGGACACCAGUUCGACACAUCGUUUGAGCUUCGCAAAGUGGGAGUGAAGCUGAGCAGCCUGUUGGGGAAAAAAGGCAGCCUGGACAAACUGCAGAGCUACUGGGAUGUGGGCUUCUUCCUGGGCGCUAGCAUCCUGGCCUGCGACAAGACCAGGGUCAUCCAGGCCUCUGAGAAGCUCUUCAAACUCAAAGCCCCCAUCUGGUAUCUGCGCUCGCUGGUGGAGACCAUCUUGAUCUACCAACAGUUUAAGAAACCCAGCGUGGAGCAGCCAGCCCCCAAGCAGGAGCUGGUGGACUUCUGGAUGGACUUUCUGGUGGAGGCCACCAAGAAAGACGUCUCCUCUGUCCGAUUUCCUGUGUUGAUAUUAGAGCCCACUAAAGUGUAUCAGCCUUCAUAUUUGUCCAUAAACAAAGACGUGGAUGACAACACGGUGUCUAUCUGGCAUGUUGCUUCUGAUGACAAGCACAAGGGGAUUCAUGAGUGGAACUUCAGCGCCACAUCAGUACGAGGUGUCAGCAUCUCCAAGUUUGACGAGCGCAGUGCCUUCCUCUACGUCCUUCACAAUGCAGAGGACUUCCAGAUCUAUUUCUGUACAGAGAUGCACUGUAAAAGAUUCUGCGAUCUGGUCAACAGCAUAACAGAGGAGGCCUGGAAAGGUCCAGAGGAGGGAGACUGUGAUGCUGACGCCUUAGAGUACGACUAUGAGUACGAUGAGCAUGGAGAGAGGGUGGUUCUGGGAAAAGGCACAUUUGGAGUGGUGUACGCAGGCCGAGACCUCAGCAACCAGGUCCGACUGGCCAUCAAAGAAAUACCAGAGAGAGACAGCAGGUACUCUCAGCCGCUCCACGAGGAGAUCGCUCUUCACAAGCACUUAAAGCACAAGAACAUCGUCCAGUACCUCGGAUCCAUCAGUGAGAAUGGCUUCAUAAAGAUUUUCAUGGAGCAGGUGCCUGGAGGGAGUCUGUCUGCACUGCUGAGGUCCAAGUGGGGCCCUCUGAAAAACAACGAGUCCACCAUCGGCUUCUACACGCGGCAGAUCCUAGAGGGUCUCAAAUACCUGCACGACAACCAGAUAGCACACAGAGACAUCAAGGGCGAUAAUGUUCUCAUCAACACCUACAGUGGCGUCCUGAAGAUAUCAGAUUUUGGCACAUCCAAGAGGUUGGCUGGGAUCAACCCCUGCACUGAGACUUUCACAGGCACACUACAGUACAUGGCUCCUGAAAUCAUAGACAAGGGUCCUCGGGGAUACGGCAAGCCAGCAGACAUCUGGUCUCUGGGCUGCACCAUCAUAGAGAUGGCAACUGGGAAACCACCUUUCUAUGAGCUGGGAGAACCACAGGCUGCUAUGUUCAAGGUGGGCAUGUUUAAGAUCCACCCAGAGAUCCCAGAUUCCAUGUCGCUGGAGGCCAAAGCCUUCAUCCUGCGCUGCUUUGAGCCCGACCCGGACCGUCGUGCCACUGCCCUCGACCUGCUCACUGACGAGUUCCUCACCGUCACCAGCCGCAAGAAGAAGGGCAAGAACAGCUUCACAGCGCUGUCACCGGGAUCAGAGUACCUCCGCAGUAUCUCCCUGCCAGUGCCGGUGGUGGUGGAGGACACAAGCAGCAGCAGUGAGUACGGCUCCGUCUCCCCUGACAACGACCUUAACUCCAACCCCUUUAUCUUCAAGCCCAGCGUCAAGUGCUACAGCGAGAGGGAUGUCAAGGGGCCCAGGUCCCUCUUCCUCAGUAUUCCAGUGGAGAACUUCGAGGACCACAGUGCGCCUCCGUCCCCUGAUGAGAAGGAUUCAGGCUUCUUUAUGCUUCGGAAGGACAGCGAGAGACGAGCCACCCUGCACCACAUCCUGACCGAGGACCGUGACAAGGUGGUGGCCAACCUGAUGGAGGCCCUCACACAGGGCUCUGAGAUAAUGAAGCUAAAGUCUCAGCACAUCUCCACCCUUGUGGUCAGUCUUGCCGACUUUGUUCGCAUGGCGGACAGGAAAAUCAUCGCCAACACACUGUCUCAACUCAAGCUGGAGCUGGACUUCGACAGCACCGCCAUCAGUCAGCUGCAGGUUGUGCUGUUUGGCUUCCAGGAUGCUGUGAACAAAGUGCUGCGAAACCACAACAUCAAGCCUCACUGGAUGUUCGCUCUGGACAACAUCAUCCGCAAAGCUGUGCAGACGGCCAUCACAAUCCUGGUUCCAGAGCUGAGGCCUCACUUCAGUCUGGCCUCAGAAAGUGAUCCGGCCGACCAGCAGGACGUCGACGAUGACGUUGAGCCGGAGAGAAACUCCACCCACCAGAGCCGGGCGCCUCCUGUCGCCGCUCACGACGACACCGUGGCCACCUCAGGAGUCAGCACGCUCAGCUCCACUGUCUCACACGAGUCCCAUAAUGCACAGCGCUCUGUGAGCAUGGAGCUGGGCCGGAUGAAGCUGGAGACCAACAGGCUGCUGGAACAGCUGCUGGAGAAGGAGCGAGAGUAUCAGGCCAUCCUGCAACAAGUGCUGGAGGAGCGAGAGCAGGAGAUCAGACUACUGAGGCUGCGAUCUGAGGCCGCAGAUGUCCCCACAUCAACAAAUGGUCCAGAGGAACAGAAGAGUCAACCUGAAGACAGACAUGAAGACCCAGAUCUGACCAGCUGGCUGAGGCUUUACGGUGCUGACCAGGACUCCAUAGACAGAAUACUGAAUGAGGAGUACACGUUGAACGACAUCCUCCACGAUAUAACAAGAGACGAUCUGAAGAGUUUAAGACUGAGAGGCGGGAUCCUGUGUAAACUAUGGAAGGCCAUAACAGACUACAGGCAGAAGCCAACCUGAGGCCUUAAGUGGCGACAACCACUCAGAGAAGCCAGGACCUUUGUCCCAACUACUCAGUAUUCUCCUCUUUACCUCAGUAUUUAUAAGAGCAAGACUUUUAGGAGAAAACCCUGUGUUUUCCGUGUGCACAGAGCAGCUUUCCACUCACACAAGAAACUCCUCGACUGGUCUUUUGGAGGGGGAAAAAUAGGAUUUUGGAAAGCAACAAUUACUGAGAAGUGCCACUAGUUUUGCCAUGCCUUAUGAACAUAACACAGCUUUUUGUUACAGGUGCGUUAGAAAUGACAAUUGGUGGGAACAUCUAUGGUUAAACUCUUGAAAACUGUCAAAACAUUUUCUUCUGUCUUUACAAGAUGUAAUGUUUACAAAACUGGAGACUGACCAUUUUCUAAUACAAGCCUGAGAUACAAAAUACUACAUUCAAAAUCUCUGUACUAAUGUUUUUAUCAUAGGCAUCUUAUCACUACUUUAUUUAAAUGUAUUUUUAAUUUAAUUGUUAUGGUAAUCUGAAGGAUGUCAGUGCAUGCCCUGUUUUUAUUUUAUUUUUUAUCCAUACUGAGACUUAUUUAAAUUGUUGAUGUUUUUUUCACAUUUCCUUUUAUAACACAAAUCUACAUUUUUAUUUUUCAGAAACGUGUAAAUAUUAUGUUAUAGAAUUAUAUGUGAAUGACAUUUAUGUACUUAAAAAAUACAUUGAUAAACAUAGUUAAAUCUCCAUGUGGAUUGGCCCGAGUCUAUAAUGAACACAUUUGAAAAAUGAAUUGUAUAGUAUUGUAUUUUUUAGUGUCACAAAUCAUACGAGAUAAUAUUCAGUUAGUAAUUAAUAUAAUAAUUUGCUCUGUUUUUAUUGUUGUACACAGACACAAUUGUGCUUAUCUUGCUUGUGUAGAUAUGAUCAUUCAAUCAGAUGUAUGUUGUAAUGAAAAAUCUGAAAUGCAAACAAAUGUCAUAUGGAAGAGCCUUGACCUUUUUUAUUUUAAAACAUGAUGUCAGAAAUGGGGAAAAUAAUCAUGAGCAGUGUGUCCGUUUUGUUUCAUAUCUAAAAUUAUUCAAGAUUUUUGUGUCAUUGUUAAAAUAAAACGUUUCAUCUUGAAACUA